GGAAGUUCUAUGAAGUUUAUUGGUCUCUCAAAUGUGAUGCUAGCAACCGGAUGGAAGAGGGGACUGAUAACCAUCAAGAUUGCCUCCCUCAUCAACUCAGCCUACUAUGAUUUGUACCCUUAAGUUUCUGCAUCCUAAGGUUGAGAAGAUCGCGCACAGCAAAUAGGUGGGAAGCGUCACAGCCAGCCAAUACAAACAUGGGAAACGCCGUGGCGGGAGGUAUUGCCGCCAAAAGUUUCCCGAGGCUUUAUACCUCGAAGCCCUACCGCCUCUCCUCCGUUGCGCCAUAUCCAUCCUUCGUUAUCCUUCCUCCGCCUCUCUCCCGAGCCAGAAUGGCCUCCAGCGACGCUAUCAAUGGCGGCAGCCCGGGCGUCCAGGAGCCGUCUCCAAAGGUCCCAAAGCUCUCUCAGAACGGUGGCCUCCACGGGGAGAUCCGGCUCCCUCUUAUUCGCGUCAAGAAGCUAUCGCAAAAUGCCAUCUUGCCUUCUAGGGCUUCCCCUCUUUCCGCCGGCUACGAUCUCUCAAGCGCCGCGGGAGUGCUAGUGCCUGCUCGAGGCAAAGCCCUCGUUCCUACCGACCUCAGCAUCGCCAUUCCGGAUGACACUUAUGCCCGCAUUGCUCCGAGAUCGGGCCUGGCAUGGAAGCACUCGAUCGAUGUGGGAGCUGGCGUGAUCGAUGCUGACUACCGUGGGCCUAUUGGUGUCAUUCUGUUCAACCACUCGGAUGUGGACUUUGAGGUGAAGCCUGGGGAUCGGAUAGCUCAGGUGAUAAUUGAAAGGAUCAUGACCCCAGAAGUCGUGGAGGUUCUUGAUUUGGACUCCACUGUCAGGGGCGAUGGAGGGUUUGGAUCCACAGGUGUGUGAUGUGACUACAUCGUAUAUUUCUCUGCUGAUUUUGGAGGAUUGUGCUCUUAUACUUCUACUAUAAUGUGAUGGUUGUUCAGGAACGCUAGAAAACAAUCCAGUGUUUGGUUAAACUUUUGAUCUUAUGCUAACUCGUUUUGAUCA